AUGAAUUCUACAUCUUUAUUACCAACAUUUUUAGAUGUGGAUCUGACAGUUUUACAUAUCGAGUGUCACAAGGAUAUUCUUAUGAAAUUUCAAGGCAAAAGCAACAGUGAGUGUCCCUUUGACUAUCACAUAUUGCAGAGGGAAAUACAGUAUAUGCCCAAAGUGAAGAAUGAUGUGAGAGUCGCUGAGUUCUGUCUGGUGGAGGAAAAGGUGACUGGAGAAUGGCAGAGAGGCAUAGUGGUGGGGAAGACCAACGAACUCUACACAGUGCUGCUCAUUGAUCGGGGAGAAGAACUGAGAGUCGAUGGGACUCGAGUAGCCUCUGCUUGUGACAAGUUAUUUGAGCUCCCUCCCAGAGUUGUAUGUGGCAUUUUUGCCAACAUACUCCCAGUUGGAGAGAAAUGGUCUCCCAAGGCUUUGAAUUAUUUCAAGUCACUAGUAGGAAUACAGCUGAAAGUCAAUAUGCAAACAGUUUUGCCUCUUCAAAUGAUUCUUCUUGAGGCGCCCAAAGUUAUAUCUGAAGUUCUUGAAUUGCAAUUAGGAAGAUUCAUUGAUAGGGAUACAUUCCGUCUCAUUGUGGAGAUACUAAAGGAACUCCCCAAGCCAAUGCCAGACCUCCUACACCAAAAAAGACCCAAGUCAUCAUUAAGUAGUAACAGUGUUUCACUUGAUGUUCAGUAUCUCCUGGAUAAUUUACAGCCGUCUUUACCAGUGGGAAGUUUGGACAGCGUCAAAGUGUCAUCAGCACUGGGUCCUGAGAAAUUUUAUUGCCAGUUACUUAAGUGGAUUCCAGAGCUAGAAGACUUGACAGACUGUAUGAAUUUGCAUUACAACACAAUAGAUCAAGAAAACAACCCCACUUGCGAUAAUUUUGGACUCCUGUGUGUUGCUAAAGGGACAAAUGGACAGUGGCAAAGAGGAAUUCUCCAGCAGCUGUUGCCCAACAAUCAAGUGAAAAUUUGGUUCAUGGAUUAUGGCAGCAGUGAGUCUAUACCCUCCAUUCAUGUGAAGAAACUGAAACAGGAUUUUAUUUUUGCACCGUUGUUUUCAUUUCCAUGUUCUCUGACAUAUUUACAUUGUCCAGACCCAGAAGUAAGAAAACGACAACUGACUACAUUUAGGCAAGCCCUGUUAGGGCAAGUAGUAUAUGCCCACAUUGACUGGUUCAGUGAGGAUGAACGUUUGUAUUAUGUGACUUUACAGUCUCAAGAAUCUGUAAUUAAUACUAAGUGUCUGCUGAGGACUCUGGGCACACAAAUACUUUGCCCUGAAUUUGAGUCAAACAUUUUCAGUGCCUUGAGUGAGGCAGACACUUCUGAUACAGGCAGCUUUGCAAUUGAUGGUUUCAUUGGGAAUGUUGAACAGUCAGUGGAUGGACUAAAUGAAAAAGAGGACUUCAAAGCAAGUUUUCCUAUUAAAACAGUAAGAAUGGAGAUAGAAUCUACCCACAUAGCAUUUGUAGUGAGUGUACUGAACCCAUCAAAUUUCUGGGUACGCAUUAGUAAGCAUCAGAAAAAAUUUGAAGACAUAAUGAAAUCUUUAAAUACAUUUUAUGAUGCAUCUGAAAAUGAUGAACUAACCCUGAGAAACCCUGAACCUGGACUGUUCUGUUGUGCCAGAUAUAGCAAGGACAGAUGUUUUUACCGAGCUAUCGUCACUGGAAUGAAUGAUUACUGGAUUAAUGUUUACUUCUUGGAUUAUGGAAGUACUGACUCCAUACCAUUUUUUGAUGCAAAAAUUUUGCUUCCAGAAUUUUGUGGUUUGCCUCCCUUAGCCAUGCACUGUUCACUUGCACAAGUAUCUCCUGUCACAUAUUCAUGGCUACAGGCAGCAACAGAUUAUUUCAAAAAAAUCGUUCUGAACAAAGCAAUUUUGCUUCAAGUUCGAGCAAAAAAAGGUGACAAGUACAUGGUGACUAUUCAGAAUAUUGAAGCCCCUGAAAAUAUGGAUGUUGUCUCCCUGAUGCUCCAAGCUGGAUAUGCAGAGUCUGCAGAGGUAGCAUCAUUAGAUUUCCCCAAAUCUGUCAGAGACUGUUCAGUGUUAAAGUUAAAAUCUAAAGAUACACUUCAUGAUAAAAAUGUUGUGGCCCCUGCCCCUCUCAAAAUACCUAAGCCUGAAAAAUGUCAUUCUGAAAAGCUGAAAGAAAAUUUCUCAUCUUUACACAGGUUCCUGGAUCUAAACAGUUCUCUCAAUUUGUGUUCUGAACCGAUCUCGUCACAGCCUUAUAAGGCAUAUGUGUUCAAGCCAGGGAAACUUCUCGAAGUCAACUGUUCUUAUUGUUAUGGCCCAGAUGACUUCUCAUGUCAGCUUCUGUGUAAGUUAGAGGAUUUGAAAUUACUGAUGGAACAAAUUCAAGAUUAUUACAGUAUUCAUCCAGAACCAUAUCAGACAGGGAAGAUAGCCUGUGUGGCUAAGCAUUCCAGAGACGGGAAGUGGUACAGGGCUGCCAUUUUGACUCAAGCAUCAGAUCAAGAGGUUGAACUAAUAUUUGUUGACUAUGGAAAUCAAGAGAGAGUUUUCAUUAAAGAUCUUUGUGCUAUCAACCCACAUUUUCUUACUUUAGAAGCCCAAGCUUUCAGAUGCUGCCUCAACUAUUUAGUUGAUCCCACUACUUGUAAUCUAUUAGACUGGACAGCAGAGUCAUCCAGAGACUUUGGAAAUUUCAUUGCUUCAUGCGGAGGACUAUUUACUUGUAUCGUGUGUGCCUUAGUUCUCAUACAGCCUAGAUGCUUAUGUAACUUAGUGGACUUACAAUCGUCACUUAUAAGUGCAAAUGAAUAUUUCCUUCGUUGUAGCUCCAUCCACUGCAGUGUCUUACCAAGGCCACUCCCACUUUCAGUCAGUCUUUACAGUUACUAUUACUCUUCCUUUGAUAUAAAGAUUGGAAGUGAAGAAGAUGUGUGUAUAUCUCAUGUGUAUAGUCCCAAAAAGUUUUAUUGCCAGCUUUGUAGAAACAGUAAAGAUUUAGAGAUGUUGGAGAGAAAAAUCACAGAGAUGAUUAGCCUUAAAAUGUCUUCCACAUAUGACUGGAACAGAAUGAGAUUGUGUAUCUGUAAAUACAUAGAGGAUGGGCUCUCAUACAGAGCCUUGGUGAAGACAACAGAGUCGCCAUCUGGCCCUUGUGUUUAUUUUGUGGACUAUGGGAAUGAGCAAUUUGUAGAAGAAAAUAUGCUGUGUGCCAUUUCUGAUCAAUUUCCAGAGCUGCUAUUUACACCUAUGCAAGCAAUUCAGUGUUUUCUGUCAGAUCUUAGAGAUAUAGAUAUUCCACGAGAAAUCAAUAGAUGGUUUGAAGACAGUUUCUUAGGGAAGCCCUUAAAAGCAGUAAUACUGUCCAGGGAAUCAGAUGGGCAACUUGGUAUAGACUUAUAUGAUGGGUAUCAACAUAUAAAUCAAACAAUAAAAUUGCUACUUAAUGUUUAUGGAGAAAACCACUCCAAGAAAGCAUGGAGUGUGGAAAAGAAUCAGAGGUUAAAUCAGGCAUUCACUGUUCCUUUGAAAGAAAGCACAGAAAGCAACUGUUGCCACAAUGCAAUAAAUAAAACUAGCCUAGCAACACAUUCUGCAAACCAAACAGAUCACUUGAUGCAUCCCCAACGUGUAUAUGCCAGGAGUUUGAAACCAUCAAUUUGUUAUGAAGUUGAACCCAAACCAAAAAGCAAAGUGAAGAGGCCCUGUAAGUACAGACUUAAAAAUAAAAAUUGAAAAUUCACUCUUGGGUCUGCACACAUUCCUGAAGAAAGUGGCAUGGGCCCCAAAUCACAAAAGACAGUAAAAUUAUUUACCAAAGACUUAAGUCAAGUAGCUUCCCAAAGGCAGUUCAUCCUUCAUAGACCCCCGGUCACAAAGAUUCUUUAACCCCACAUUGACUUGAGUACCCAUGUUAAAGAGUCUGCACCCACUUGCUACCAUCCGGCCAAUUUUCACAUUCCACUUGCUGGGAAUGAAGAUGAAGUCAUAGGACUCAACAAUGUUCUAAAUGAAAGAACAAAUGGCCAGAAAAAGCAGACCUCCCUGAGACCUCUGGCGAGAGGUCAUAUAGAAUACUCUAGAGACCAUACCGUGUCCAGAGACAUCACAAAGGGGGUAUUGCUGCCAGAAUCCUUUGAAGUGGAAGUUCUUGAUCAUGGUAAUACUGCCAUAGUAAAUGGAUCUGAAGUUUAUUCAGUUAACAGGGAACUCUUAACUAUCCCCAGGCUGGGAAUACAUUCUUUUCUUCGUAGGAUAAAAUGGAAUGAGCCCACCAAAAUGUGUAAAGGCAAAAUUGCAGAUUAUUUUUCCUUGGGAGUAAUUAACAGAAUAAUUGCUUGUGAAUUUUUGAAGACACACGAUGAGAUGUGGGAAGUCAAUAUAACUUGUGGCGAUAAAUGUGUCAUCAAGAAGUUGCUGAGGUGGUCACCCUGUUCUAAGCUUCAAGAACUGGCAUGGCAGACACCCCAGGCAAUCUCUCACAAAGUUAGUAUCCUUGAGAACAGCCACUCAAAGGCAAGAAGAGUAAAUCUGUAUGAUGGUUCUGUGAUCUUCACACCACUCUCCCAACAAUUGGUAGAAAUUCCUACUGAACUGGUAAGAUAUGGACAGCUUGAAGAAGCCAAAAUGAUUUGUGCAUCAAAGACUGGGGGAUUUCACGUGAAGUUACUGAAAAAUCAGAAAACAUCAGAUUUAGCAUGAUUAAUUCCUAAAGAAGAUAAUUCCCCUUUUUUUAUCAAUGGAUAAUAUUAAAAAGGGUUAGAGUUCUUGUCAAUAUCUAAGAGAGAUUUAAAGUGGUACCAACCCAAAACAGAAGAGCAGUGGAUGCAUGAGAAAGUAUUUGGUUUUUUAAUAAAUUAUAGACAGCAUAAAGUAGUGCCUGUAAAUAAUACCAAGGUACUUAGUAGAGAGAUCAGAAGUAUUCCAAGACAAGGCAUGUCUCAUGAAUGGAUUUACUUUACAUAUUCUAAGAAAAUGAUCCUUGACUUCAUUAUGUGUUUAUUUGCCCAUUUGAAAAUGAGCAUUACUGCUCUGAAAUAUUUAGACGAUGCCUGGGAAGUGGAAAUGUUGGUAGAUGGCAUGUUGCUUUGUGGGUAUUUAAAUGUAACUACGUCUCUGGUGGAAGAAAACAAACUUCAAUCUUCAGGUACUGUUUUCAGUCUGGAGUCCCAGACUCUUUUGUCCUGGGUAAUACAGCCAUUUGUUUGGGCACCGCUCCAAAAUGGCAGGCGGUAUGGCAGUAUCGCCACUGUUGUCGAUGACCCCUCAGACUUCGGUGUGCAGCUAGAGGAUUUCUUUGAUACAGUACAAUACCUCUUUACCUUGCUUUCUGACUUACCAGAGCCCUUGAGAGCCUUGCUGCUAGAGCCCAUGAUUCCUGGUUCCAAUUGCCUGAUCAAAAGUGAGUUGGAGGGUCAGUGGAGCAGAGCAGAAAUUUCUCAAGUGUUGGAUCAAUUUUUACAUCUUGUUUUGAUUGACUAUGGACUUUCUGUUCAUAUACCUCACUCAGAAGCAAUAAAUCUUAAAUCUGUACCUGAGAAAAUUAUGAGUUUGCCAAAGCAGAGCUAUCCAUGUAGCCUGCAUGGUGUCUUACCUGCUACACGGAUGUGGAAUAAUGAAGCCAGGCAGUUGUUUCUAGAUUUCCUAUGCAAAUCAGGUUUAGUUUUUCAGUUUAGGGCAUAUGGUCCUGCAGCAGUAUUGGAAGUGGAUGUCAUUCACAAGAACGAUAGUGGAGCAGAUGUCUUGGUGGCGUCUGGUCUUGCCGUGCAUCCUAAGGAUUUAUCUGGUCCCAAUGGAAUUACUGCUACAGGAUCUAAACUACAGAGCCAUUCCAUAUGUCCACUGUUGGGCAAACACUGGAACAAAAAAGAAAAUAUUAAUUACAGCACCAGAAAACAAAAGUUGCAGAAAAAGAAACCUUUGAAGAGAAGAAAUGUUUCUAGGCAUCUCUUAAAGAAAAGUCACGUUAGUGAAAAAUUACAUUCUGGAAAUUUGAAACGGAGAAGAAAAAUCAUCAUUGGGAAACAGAACUUGCCAAGUACAGUUCUGUUUGAGAUAUGCAUAGCAGCUUUGUCUGAGGGAUGA